AUGACGCGCUAUUUGACACCAUGGAGGAUAUCUCUUCUGUGCCUGAUAACCGUCUAUACCGAUGGAUUCGUCCCUAACUCAUCCGCCAUCCAAGUGCUAUCAUUCCUGACCGCGGGCCUAUUCCCUCUAGAUCCCGCCGAUAAGCAAUGGGAGAAACAUUACUUGCCUAGUAUCUCCGAGCUAGAAGAAGUACUCUCAGGCCAUGAUUCUUCGAUAGUGGGUCGAAAUCUCUGGGAUCUGCUACUGAAAAAACUAUGGUCUCUCGAUUCUCUCGAUGCGCUUGAGUCCUUCUUUUCCAAUCGUCUGCCGAUGCUGCUCAGCAAACCGCGUGAGCAAUUGAUCCAAGAUCGAGACAAUGGACUUUCUCUGGAAACCGAUGGAAUCAAGCUGUCACGUAGCUCGCCCCUAGGAGCGUUUAUACGAAGAUCUCAUCUCGAACACACACGAUUGCAAUUUCAUGACUCGGUCAGCUUAUGGUUGGCGUUUGUGAAGUAUCGCUUGCCUACGUAUCAUAUUUACGCGAGAAAAAAUCCAUCUGAAGGGCAGGACCCAAUCGAUGUCAAUCUCCUGGCGCAUAGCUUGCACGGCACCACUAACCUUUCUCAAGUGGUAUAUGGCAGUAUUGAAAAUGAUGAAGAGGAUGAAGGUGUUGUCGGUGUUAAGGAUGCGGAGCGCUUGGUGGAGUUUCAGGUUGGAGAACUGCAAAGGCUGGGAGGAAGAGUACCAGAUGAAAUGCGGGCACAGCUCAAACGCAUCAUGACAUCGGAGACAUCUGUCCCAGUACUAAUGUACUACCUGGGGUAUCUUGAUGCAUGGCGAGCUGGUGACUACACAUCGGCAUUUGACAACCUUCAUCGAUACUUUGACUAUACCAUGCACAGCAAUAUUGACCGAAGCGCCUAUCAGUUUGCACUUUUGAACUUAGCUAUCAUCCAGGCUGACUUUGAAUGUUUCAACGAAGCCAUUUCUGCCGUGCAAGAGGCCGUUGCGAUUGCUCGAGAGUCACAUGAUAUGAACUGUCUUAACUUCUGCAUGAGCUGGCUCUAUCAUUUUGGUAAAGCAUUUCCUGAGCAGAUGCGGGAGGUGCGAAAUAGUGGCAUGUUAGGAAAUGAGAAGGAAGGACUGUCAUUUCUCAAGGCCAAGUCGAAAGAUACCGAUAUGUGGUCACUCAUGAGUACUACGCUGUUGAGUGAGGCCAAAUUAGAGAUGCAGCAGGGAGAGAGUCUCGGAUCGAUUGUGGAAUCAUUUAUUCGGGCUUCCCACGUCAACGUAACAAAAAGCCUGUCGACCCCGACAGGCGCCUACAUGGCGCUUCAAAGUGCCUUAUAUGCUAGAACAGGUGCUACCCACCUCGCAUGGCUGAACACGGAAAUCUUCCGCGAAUGCUAUACCGAAGGACACCCAUACGAUGACUCCGUCAAGAUCACGUUCCGAAACUGCCAGAUCUUAACUCAAAAAGGCCACUACAAAGAAGCAUUUGCACGCAUGAACAAGAUCGAGCCCGAAAGAUUCCGAGCUGUCAAGUACAGCAACACUUGGACAUACUAUUCUGGAUUACUCGAGCUCAAACGCCAAAUAUGCCGCGACGACAAAGUAGCAGUAGAGCACAUCAUUUCCCAGCUCCAGGCUAUUCAACUCCUUGACUUUGAUUUGCGCCUUCUUCUUGCUUUCCUCAGCAUUGAAUUCGCUAUACGACAAGGUGACCAUGGCCGUGCUCUCCGAAUGGUCGAACAAGCCGCACACUGCAUACAACCAGAAAACUUCGAUGUUCACUCCCAAAUAAAACUUCUCUGCUACAAAUCCCGCAUCCUCGAGAACUCUGGUCACGCACAACGUGCGUUUUCUCUUGCUAUGCGCGCCGCAAGCAUCGCGCAUCGUUCAAAGAUCCUCUCUGAUCUCUGGGAAGCAAUAUGUACGUUGGCUGCCGUGCUUCUUAGCCUGCGAGAAUUCGAGGCCACAGUCGAGCUAGUGGAAAGUAUUAUGCCCCAGAUACUGGAAAGUGAGGACGCAGCACUGGUUGCCCGUGCAUAUUCGCUGUUAGUUGAUGCCAACAUGGGUAUUGCGGGUGCAUUGUGGGUGCGUAUUGGGAAGGAUAGCACACCGACCAGGGAGGAGCAUGUGAAUCGCGCAAUCGGUCAUAUCGACUCUGCGUAUUGUGCUUUCGAAGAGAUUGAGGAUAUCAUCGGCCAAACAGAGAUGAUGGCCAAGAAAGCUACUGUCAUGCAUCUUACCGGUGAUCCAGUCCUGGCUAAUGAUUAUGCGGCGAAGUAUUUAGAUCUCAGGCGACGGAAGGGCGUUGAUGUGUAA